AUGGUACUGAACAAUCUAGAAACACGUGCUCGCCUCAAAGCCCAAUUCGAGGGUUAUGAUACGGCUCAGCAUGGUGAGAAAUGGGAUCAGCUCUGGAAAGACAAGGUCACUCCAUGGGAUAACGAAUCACCUAAUCCGGCACUCAUUGAUAUACUAAAUGAGCGGGAAGAUCUUGUCUCGAAGAAAGCUGAUGGCUCAAGGAAGAAAGCUUUAGUUGCUGGAUGUGGAAGGGGAUAUGAUGUCCUGCUAUUGAGUGCUAUGGGCUACGAUGCUUAUGGGCUGGAUAUUUCUGAGACAGGUCUGCAAGGUGCUAAAGAUACCGAGAAGGAGAAAGAUGGCAAGGGUUUGUAUGAACCAAAAGAUGGGGUUGAGAAAGGGAAAGUUACCUGGGUAGCUGGAGACUUCUUUAAAGAUGAUUUCUUGACAAAUGUAGGCGGGGAGAAAAAGUUUGAUCUGAUUUACGAUUACACGGUAUGUAAUUCUUUAAACUUCUUGGAUCAAGAUUACUAA